CGUCUUUAUAGCGAAGAGGUGCGUUAUCGUGUUCCGUAGAGUGGGGGUGAUAGAGGGCCGUUUUACAUGUUUGGUUUCCGCACAGGAAGAAGAAGAAGAUUCCUACUUUGAAAUGUUGAUGUCUCAUGUGUUGAAGAAGUGAAUUUCUCCCUUGAAGAGGUUUCUGAAACGUUCUAAUAAUAAAGGAAUCAGUUAGUCGGCAGUUACUAGUCACGUUCGUUUUUACGUUGAAGUUUAAAACAGGCUCGUUGCCGUUUGUAGAUGGCUGUAGUUACCUGUCAUUAGCUAACAGUGAUGGCUGGGAGAGAGCGCCAGGGACAGGUGGUAGACCUGGGACGCCUGAGUAAAGAAGAGCUCCAGGAGCUACGGCUUCGACAGGAAAAGAUGCUCAGGAACAGGAAGUUAUUGCAGACUCUUCCUGACAAAGGGCAAAAGAUAAAAGACCUUAGAGACAAAGUGUGUCUUGCCAUUGAACACCACGCUGAGGAGGAGAGGAGACAGAGCCUAGUGUCUGCUGCGGGGACAGAGUUUCAGUACCAGCAGCCUUUUGCUAACCAACAACAUGCUGCCUCUAUCGAACCAGCAGCCUCACAUCAAAACAGGCAAAAUGUGGCUGUUGCAGAUGAUGCUUCACAGGAAAUGGUGACCUCACCUGUCUCAGCUCAAGCACAUGAAAACCACACUCUGGAAGGGCACCAGGACCUGUUGGUCUCUGGAGCGGCUGCUGCUGAAUCCAUGGAAACGGCGGCUGAUGGGGCCUCUCUGAACGCUGAUAAGACAAAAGAGGGUGACCUUGUGGAGGCCCUGGAAAGGGUCACGCUGUCUGAAACUACUACUGGUGGCAGCAGCAAAUCCAAAGACCCAUUAAAAAGCAGAGACAAUCACUUUCUCAGAAAGCAGCCACCAACAAAGCCUCACUAUAUAACUGUCCUGGAAAACACAGAGAGGUUACCAGCUCCCAUGAAGCAAAAAUUUAAAACAAAUAAGCUGCCUCACAGAAACGACACCCCUCCAUCAGGAUUCUUGCCACCCAGUCAGUUUUUUGAACGCUCACCACGCUCACCACUGUCUGCGCAAGCCAGGAGGGAGCGGGACAGAAAACACCUGGAUGACAUCACUGCUGCCAAACUCCCUCUUCUCCAUCACAUGCCGGCCCAGGUUAUAUCUCUGGAAGAGACAGCCGCCCUCCUGAAGGAGCAAACCAAGAAGAGACAGGAGUUGCAGGCCAAGCUGGCAGCCCAGAAACUGUCUGAAGGAUUGAAGGUCUCUAUGGGGAGCUACACUCCUGACGGCGGCCCCAUGGCUGCCUACAGAGAGGUUCACGAUGAAGGAGCCCAGCUUUCCUCAGACGAAGACUGAUCCUGGAAGGCCAGCUGGGGAAACCAGUGUGACCUUGGCCCUGAGGGAAAGAGGCUUUGGACCUUGCAGGAUUUUCACUCCAAGGGCAACAAUUCAUUAGAGAGGAAAAGGGUCUUUGCAUGGUGUGAAGAAAUAGUUGGUAUCCCAGACUCAGCUCAGGAAAUUGAAUGACAGGUUGAGAAACUAGCUUACUUAAUUGUCAUUCAGUCUGUAUUGGUUUCAGUUGUUUCAGCGUCCUGCAGGAGUAACAACACCUUCUGCUGACUAGGAGUCUUAAAUGCUAAAUUUGAAACAUGUGUCAUGUGGGAAAGUGUUUCUUGUCAGCACACUGAGACUGAUGACAUCAUGGCUUUCAGAUCCUGAGAGUAUUGUUCGCUGAGGUUUCUGUUUUUUAGUAUUUUUAAUAAUUAAAUGCACUUAAAGCUCAUCAGCGGUGACUGUUUACAGUUGUCAAGAAGCAGAUGUGAGCCUGCAGGAGUUCUGUCAAAUUUAAAUGUUGCAGAAUGUGUAACAGAAACAAAUAAAUCACAAUUUCUUAAA